CAUAGCAGCAUUUGCUGCACCAGCCAUUUUGGCCGGCAUUCGCCGAACAGCCGAUGCGAUCUGUCGGCGCCUUGUCCUCCCCCCUCCCCUGCCCAUGUAUGAUGCAUCCACGCUGAUCCUGACCCAAAAUCUACUCCACCGUAUUUGCAACUCGGUCUGGCCCAGGACGAAAAACUUUGUCGCCAAGCUGCUGGAAGAAUGCGGGCUGCUCGACGAGGACUUGACCAAACAGCCCGAGUUUGUGCUCCACAUGGUCUCGCAGAUCGAGAGCAACGGAUUUGGCAUCUUCAACCGCAAAGGCGUCUGCGUCGGCCGAGCUAUCGUCCCGCACGCCUCGUUUUUCAAUCACUCGUGCGAUCCCAACACCGAAUGUACCCAGGAAGGCUGCACGAUGGCCUUUCGAGCAAGGCGAGACAUUGCCGAAGGAGAGGAAAUCACCAUCUCGUACAUCGACACCAAUAUGCCCGUCCAUGCGCGCCGCCAGAAGCUGAUGGAUGAGUACUACUUCACGUGUGCUUGCAAGCGAUGUGUCGCCGAAGCCUCGUCAACGUCGAAACCCAAGAUCACUUACGACAAAAGCUCCCGCGGAUCGAAUCGUGGCCAGAGCGACAGCACCAACGGUACCAAUGGCAUCAAUGGCACUAACGGCAUCAGCAACAACAACAAUAGUAACAGUGCACCCAGCGCCCCACAGUCCAACCGAAACAGCGCCGGCUCCGGCUUUGGUGCGAGCUGGAUGCCGAUGCCGUCGUCCUGGGCUCCUCCGCCCGUCGGUCCAAUGGAGUUCCUGAUGCAGCCGCCGCCACACCAACCCAUAUCACCUGCGCCGCCGUACUUCAACGCCGUCGGCAACUCGAUGCAGAGUCCGUUUGCGAUGAGAAUGUAUCCGCACCCGGUCUAUCCGGCCGGGAUGGACAUGAUGGCCAAUCUCACCCCGGGGCCUCCACCGCCGCCCCUAUUCGGCGCUCUUGAUGUCACCGGCACUGCACUGACCUGGCCGCCCCCAGUGCCGCCCAGCAGCGGCGAUGUGCCGUUUUCGCCACACCCGGACAGCUUUCACAUCUAUCCACCGGAGUAUCCUAUCGGCCCGGUGGUGAGUCCGGUGGGCCGCGGUCUCGAUAAUGAAAUGAGCCCUGUCGAACGACCAGGGCCCUCAAAGUCGCCCUAUGGCGACAACAAGGGCAGGCUGAAAAAGUCCAAAUCCAGUGCCUCGACCAACAAGCGAAACCAGGCCGCAAGGCAGCCCGUCCAGCGCGACGACUGACAUGUCCAGCUUCUUGCCGUCCUGGAGAGUCUCUGCUAUAGCGCUCGCCAGCCCCCCCCCAAAAGAAACGGGAAGUAUGCCUUCCCUCGUCCCUGUUUUGUGGUCAUCGACCACCUUUUUUCUGGAUCCUGAAUACACACACACACUCAUUCCAUC